UAUGGGAUGUUAAAACAGGAGAAUAAAAAGCUAGAUAGAUGGUCAUAAUAACACUGUCUUAUCGGUAUGUUUUUCACCAGAUGGAAAUAUAUUAGCAUCUGGGAGUUACGAUAAUUCUAUCCGUAUCUGGGAUGUUUUGUCAGGAUAAUAAAAAGCCUAACUGGAUGGUCAUUCUAGUAUUGUAAACACAGUAUGCUUCUCAUAUGAAGGAACUACACUAGCAUCUGGUAGUUACGAUAAUUCAAUCAAUAUAUGGGAUCUUAAAAAACAAUAAUAAAAGAUGAAAUUAGAUGGUCAUAGUGAUUAUGUUCGGUCGGUAUGUUUCUCGCCAGAUGGAACUACGUUAGCAUCUGGUAGUAAUGAUAAGUCCAUUCGUUUAUGGAAUGUUAAAACAGGAGAAUAAAAAGUUAAGAUAGAUGGUCAUAAUAAUACUGUCCUAUCAGUAUGUUUUUCACCAGAUGGAAUUACAUUAGCAUCUGGGAGUUACGAUAAUACUGUCCGUUUAUGGGAAGCUGAUACAGGGCAAUAAAAAAUAAAAUUAAUAGGUCAUUUAUAUGGAAUCUACUCAAUUAGCUUCUCACCAGAUGGAACUAAAUUAGCUUCUGGUAGUCAUGAUAAGUCCAUCCGCUUAUGGGAUGUUAAGACAAAAUAAUAGCAGGUCUAAUUGGAUGGUCAUUAAGGUGGAGUUUACUCAGUAUGCUUUUCCCACAAUGGAUUUACUUUAGCAUCAGGUAGUAAUGAUAAGUCUGUCCGUUUAUGGGAUGUUAAUACAGGGUAAUAAAUAGCAAAAUUAGAUGGUCAUAGUGAUUAUGUUAGGUCAGUAUGUUUUUCGCCAGAUGGAACUACAGUAGUAUCUGGUAGUUUUGAUAAAUCUAUCCGUCUAUGGGAUGUAAAGACAGGUAAAUAAAAAGGGAAAUUGGAUGGUCAUUGUAAUAUUGUCUAUUCAGUCUGCUUUUCACCAGAUGGCAUUAAAUUAGCAUCUGGUAGUAAUGAUAAGUCCAUCCGUUUAUGGGAUGUUAAGACUAGAUAAUAAUAAAUGUAAUUGAACGGUCAUAUUAACACUGUCUAAUCAGUAUGCUUCUCACCUGAUGGAACUACAUUAGCACCUGGUAGUAAUGAUAAAUCAAUACAUUAAUGGGAUAUUAAAACAGGACAAUAAAAAGCCAAAUUGAAUGGCCAUUAAUUUGGUGUAUACUCAGUAUGUUUUUCACCUGAUGGAACUACAUUAGCAUCUGGUAGUUAUGAUAAGUCUAUUUUUUUAUGGGAUGUUAAAACAGGAUCGUAAAAGGCAAAAUUGGAGGGUCACAGUGAUUAUGUCAGCUCAGUCUGCUUUACACCUGAUGGUACUACUUUAGCGUCCGCUUGUGAGGAUAAUUCAAUUUGUUUAUGGGAUAUUAAAACAUAAAAAUUAACAGCCAAAUUGAAUAGCAAUACUUGUAUUAUUUACUAAGUAUGCCUUUUUUCUAAUAGUCCUACAUUAAAAUCUCAUAACUCUAUCUCCUUAUUUGAUUUUUCAAUAUAAUAAUAAAACGCACAAAAAGAUGGUCAUAGUGAUCAUGUUAGAUUUGUCUGCUUUACUUAUGAUAGUUCUGCAUUAGCAUCUUGCAGUGAUGAUACAUUUAUCUAUAUAUGGGAUGUUAAGACAGGAUUAUAAACUGCCUAGUUGAAUGGGCAUUCCAGUAUCGUUAACUCAGCAUGCUUUUCACCUGAUGGAACUACAUUAGCAUCUUGUAGUCAUGAUAAGACUAUUCGUUUAUGGGAUAUUAAGAAACGAUAAUAAAAAUUACAAUUAGAUGGUCAUAGUAAUAAUGUCUUAUCAGUAUGCUUUUCAAGAGAUGGAAUGAUAUUAGCAUCUGGAAGUGAUGAUAAAUCUAUCCGCAUCUGGGAUGUUUUGUCAGGAUAAUAGAAGUUCUAACUGGAUGGACAUCAUAAUAUUGUCAACUCAGUAUCCUUCUCGCCUGAUGGAACUACCUUGGCAUCUGGUAGUUUCGAUAAUUCUAUCUAUUUUUGGAAUGUUUUGACAGGAUAAUAAACAAUAAAAUUAGAUGGUCAUAAUGAUUUUGUGUCAUCAGUAUGCUUCUCACCAAAUGAAACUAUAUUAGCAUCUGGUGGUAAUGAUAAAUCUAUUCGUUUAUGGGAAGUUAAAACAGGAUCAUAAAAAGCAAAAUUGGAUGGUCAUAGUAAUUAAGUUAGAUCAGUCUGCUUUAACCCUGACGGUACUACCCUGGCGUCUGGCAGUUAUGAUAAAUCUAUACGUAUAUGGGAUGUUUAGUCAGGAUAAUAAAAAUUCUUACUGGAUGGACAUACGAGUAUUGUCUACUCAGUAUCCUCUCGCCUAAUGGAACUACCUUGGCAUCUGGUAGUUUUGAUCACACUAUCCGUUUAUGGGAUAUGAAGAAAUAUGUUUGGGUUUUGGAUAAAAAAUGCUUAGAUUUUCUUGCUUAAUGCAAAACUAACUUAAAUUCAAU